CGUUUUAGGACGCUUAUAAUCUCCUAUACCAUCCUGAAGACUUUGUGUUUCUUCUGUCUUUUUGUGCUAUGGUCUUCCUGCUCUAGUGAAGAAUGUUGGUUUCCAAUUAUGUCACUGCUGUUUUGUGGAAUGUCAGAAACAUCUUUUUGGAAGAUAAUCCAAGUGAAAACAAAAUUAAGGAUCAGUUGUAGUUCUCAAUUUUUGCUCUUAAAAAUUAUUUGUAUUGUAUUUUGAAAAGGAGAAAGUAAUGGUGGUUGUCCAUGGGGGCUGUAAGUUGUGAAGAAGUAAAGAAAGAAGCCUGGAGGUCUUUGUGUGAAGUGGUAGGGAAAUAACAGUCACCUGAACAUGGUACCAGGUGUUUAGGUGAGGAAUAACAUCUGACUGAAACAUGCUACCAAGGACAUUGGUUUAGUAUAUAGGCAACUAUAUACUUGGAGAUUCAGAAUAUAUAGGCAAAACAAAUAAAAUGUUUGCAUUCACCGUGUUAGAUCGUGCAGCAGCAUUCGCUUUAUAAAAUCAAAAUAUGUGUGCGUGUUUGACAAAUCUACCCUCAAGUUUAGUCAUCAACAGCGAUUAUUCAGAACAUCUGCUGUUUCAUGUGGCCAAAUUGUCCAGUUUAAGCUUGCUGACAUUGGAGAAGGGAUUACAGAGGUGACUGUAAAAGAAUGGUAUGUAAAAGAAGGUGAUAGCGUGUCUCAGUUUGAUAGCAUCUGUGAAGUACAGAGCGAUAAAGCAUCUGUUACUAUUACUAGUCGUUAUGAUGGCAUCAUUAGAAAACUCCAUUACAAUGUAGAUGAAACUGCUUAUGUUGGAAAACCAUUAGUGGACAUUGAAACUGAUGCUUCAAAAGAUGUUGCUCCCGAAGAAGAUGUUGUUGAAACACCUCCUAUGUCUCAUGAAGAGCACACUCACCAAGAGAUAAAAGGUCACAAAACAUUAGCAACCCCUGCAGUUCGUCGUCUGGCCAUGGAGAACAAUAUUAAAUUGAGUGAAGUUAUUGGAACAGGGAAAGAUAACAGAAUCCUUAAAGAAGACAUACUCAACUACUUGGCCAAACAAACAGGAGCUAUUUUACCUCCAUCGCCAAAGGCUGAAAUUAUCCCACCUUUGCCAAAAUCAGAGACUGUGCCAGCUGCUCCAAAGGACAAGGCACACAAAAUUCCUGUUUCCAGACCUAUUGUGUUUUCAGGAAAAGAUAAAACUGAACCUAUCACAGGUUUUCAGAAGGCAAUGGUAAAGACUAUGAGUGCAGCCCUGAAGAUACCCCACUUUGGUUAUUGUGAUGAGAUUGACUUGACUCAGCUUGUUCAGCUGCGAGAAGAGCUGAAACCUCUAGCACAACUUCGUGGAGUUAAGCUUUCCUUUAUGCCUUUCUUCAUAAAGGCAGCCUCUCUGGGAUUAUUGCAGUAUCCCAUUCUAAAUGCUUCUUUGGAUGAAAGCUGUCAGAAUGUCACAUAUAAGGCUUCGCACAACAUUGGAGUUGCUAUGGACACAGAGCAAGGUUUAAUUGUCCCAAAUGUGAAAAAUGUUCAAGUCUGUAGUGUGUUUGAGAUUGCUUCUGAAUUAAAUCGCCUACAGUCCUUGGGCUCCGCAGGCCAACUGGGAACGAACGACCUCACUGGGGGAACAUUCACCCUUUCAAAUAUUGGCACGAUUGGUGGCACAUAUGCUAAACCGGUGAUACUACCUCCUGAAGUAGCUAUUGGAGCACUUGGAAAGAUACAGCUUCUUCCUCGGUUUAAUGGAAAAGGUGAAGUAUUUAAAGCACAGAUAAUGAAUGUGAGUUGGUCAGCUGAUCACCGCAUCAUUGAUGGAGCUACAAUGGCCCGGUUUUCUAACUUGUGGAAAUCUUAUUUGGAGAACCCUGCUUCAAUGCUGCUAGACCUUAAAUAAAGAAACCAUGUCCAGAAUAUGCCUUUAAACUUUGUGGAUUAGACUGAAUAACUAUAAAAGCUGGCUCUGCUAGCACGUGCCCUUUGCCACUCACAUAAUAUAAUAAUUUUAUGUGUUUAAAAGUUCUCAACAGCUGAUAUCAGUCUAUCAGUUAGUUGUUACUUCUUUUAAUUAGUAGUGCUGCAAUUUCUUCUACAGCAGACUGUCAAUAAAUCAUGGUGCGACUUCC